GCCAUGUGCGGGACAACAGGAGGCCACAGGAGGAAGCUUUACGCACAGACACACUUGUCAUUUUCGGUAUUAUACUUCUCAAUCUUUAAAAAGACGGCAUGCUGUUGCUGAGGACCCUCGCUGCCUGGAUGCUGUUGGCCUUCCUCGGGCACCAGGUCUGUCUGUGCUCCGGUGCGCGCAACAAGACCCGUGGAGAGGACAAGCACGUGAACCCACCCGCGGGCAGAGCACAGAGGAGCGGGCACGACAAGGGGGAAGCGACCGGGGGCCGGGGGAAGUUCACGCUGAAGGACAAGACACAGUGCACGUGGGGGGCGCGAGACUCGGGGCGCGCGGUGAGGCUGUCGGUGAAAUGUGAGAACCCGGAGGCGCGCGUCACAGGCGGCACCUCAGCCAUGGAGUGUAAAUACAACGGUAAACCUCAUAGCUGCCCGGGCUACAUCUCCAACCCCAAGGGCUUCUGGAAGCAGGUGGCGCGCGCGUUGAAGAGGCUGCAGGACAAAGUGUGCACGGACCAGCGCGCACUGGUGAGGGCCGGUAUGUGCAAGCGUGCGCCCCGGGACGCGCACUUCAAGCUGGACCCUACCAGCUUGGUGGUGUCUUCUCAGGGAGGAGACCCGAAGACCCCCGCGGCACCUCGGCCCCGCCACACCUCCACCACCGCAACCUCCAUCUCCACCUCCACGUCCAUGUCCAACUCCACCUCCACCGGUCAGGACUGCACCAGGCACCGGAAGACGGCUGAGCAGUACUGCAGCAGCUCGUGGGCCAGUGUUUGCUCCUUCCUCUUCUCCAUGGUGCAGACCGACGACUGUUAGUCUCAUUAUACCAUGACAUGUAUGCUCAGGUACUGUGAGAACAAAGGAACUUACAGACCCACGUUACUUGGGUAUUUCAGCGUUACGUUACUUUUACUGCUCACAUUUCAGUUUGAUCCAAGUGUCAUACCGCUCAGAUUGAAACCAUCUACAACAUGUAAUGAGAUUAUUAAAUAUGACACAUUUUAAGUUUAGACGUUCCAACACUAAAGUCCAUAAAAUAUGUGUACUUUAAAUCCUCUGUACUUUUACCUCAGUCAUUUUAUUGUGUUUUUUUAUUUUAAAAAUGGCAAAACACACACUGGUUUGUACGGCACUUCAGUAUAGGACUUUGCAUGGACAGCUAAACCUUAACUUUUUAACCAAGACCAAUUCAAACCUAACAGUAACCUUGACCUAACCCCAGUUUACAUUAAUUACCACUUACCUUAACCAGGAGCUCGUCAGCAAUGAGGUUUUGCCUCAUUGGGACUGAGGCAAAGCCUUAUUGUCACAGUUUUGAAUGUUGUAUCACACGAUGUCUGCUUUGUACACAGUGAUCUUCUUUGUACUUGUAAUAGAGUAUUUUUUUACAGUGCGGCAUUUUUUUAUUGGAGUACGGAACCUAUGUAUUAUGACGCAUAACUGAAGAUUGAUGAUUGUAAUCGAGUGGUACUUUAUUCUACCUCUGGUCAAAUUUAUCAAUCAGACACCACUGUAUUUAUAUAACACAAAUAAAUAUCUUCUAUUUUUGUGGCCUUGAACAAGAUGUGACUUUUCAUUGUUGUAUAAAUUAAUUACAUGCAUCUGGAUUGUCAAUGUGAAAAUAUACACUGAAAAAACACCAAACCUUUUGUUAUUGUUGUGUUUCUUUUAUUGAGACAUUCACAUUUAUAUUUACUAAAGAUGAAUUGUUACCAGAACACAAACUAAUCAAGUUUUUGUAAAUAUUCCUCUUUUCAGUGCAGAAAUCUGCUUUGCCCUGUCUGUCUGAAACAAAAAUAUAUGUCUGGGAGUUCAAUAAGCAAAUUGAGAUUUCCUCCUCCUCAGGACUUGCACUGUUUAGACUCA